AUGCAUGCGGCGGAAUACGAGAUGAACAUCAGACUAGAGCGCUUGCGUGUUUUAGAAGCCCUUUCGGCUCGCGACGUUGCUGUAGGACGCCUCGCAGAGGCCUGUUCGUCGGUUCGCGAAAAGGCAGAGAAGAUUCAAGAUCUCAGCAACGAAAAGGAGAACCUAGUCAAACAGCUAGAGGUCAUGGCCAGUGAUCAUAGGCAGCCGGGAAACGACGGCCCUAGCAGCAAGAACGUAGCGGCGCCCACGGAAGUUCGCAAAUUGGUUGAAUGCAUGCAGACAUUGGAGAAUAAGUUGGCAUCUUUAAACAUGACGGAGAAUCGCCCUCCCAACGCGAGAGAAGACGUUCAAAAUGAAUAUAAGCCUCUCGGCCACAAGCUACUGAAGCAGAAUAUCGAGACCACCGUGAACAACGUUAUGAAGACCUUACGCCAUGGCAGUCACGGGACGGACGUCCUGAGGGACGCCACAAACGGUAGCCCUGCAAGUGUAUAUGCUACGCCAAACCCGCUCAGGGACUGCGAUAAUCUUGAGUCCCCUUGGACGCCUGUUGAGGGGGAACGGGUGCCUACGCUCCCCACGGCCACGACUACCGAGAAGAUUCAAUCCCGAUACGCUGUUCUGGCGUCUCUCGCUCUUCCCCGCGGCAUCCCGAACGAUGCGCUCACCCCCAUCAUCAUCCCCUCGCCUUACUCUGUGCAUGACUUCAUCAGUACGACAGGCGGCCAUCUGCGAUCUCAGAUUGGAAAUUAUCGCAUCUUUCAACAAUCCACCACGACGUGGUGCCCAGAGCGUGAAGAGCAUGGCUACUACCUCACACCCGCCUUCAAAUGCAGCACGAACCCUCGCGUUACUACUGCACACCGAUGGUCCGCAGUCGACCUCGCUGCAAAGCUAGACAAACCGACAGAAUGCUUCUUCAACAAGGACGGCAAUUGGUACUACGCUGGAAUUUACCAGUCCUUUCGCCUUGAGGACCUCUGCUCGCAGGAGUGGGAGUGCCUGUCUCCCGAGGCAAGUCAUGCUACCCUUCGCGCACUGAACCCUGAUGUCAUCGCGUUGAUCAGAGAGACGCUAGCUGGGCGCAAGAACACCUCUCCGCAGAACAUCUACGAGACCGGGCAGCUCUAUUCGGCUGGCGCGCUCAAGGCCGCCUGCAUCGGCCUCCAGUGCAUCGGCUUCAACGACGUCCUCUACCGUGGGCUACUCGAGCACGCCGCACACUGCACCCAAACUGGCAAGUGGCGGGUGGUCGGGUACGGCGGAACCGGCGGAACCGGCGCCGGAGGUACGGGCUUGGGCAUCGGCACUGCAUGGAACGUCAACCCCAACGCGAACGCCGGCGCACACUCUCCUGGCGGCAUCGCAGCAGUCCCUAGUGGCCUCUCUGGUGGCGACGGUGUCUUGUCUGGAAGUCUGCUCUCUGCUCUCUGA